GGUGGCACUGAUUUAUGGUCAUAUAUUGAUCCAGUCCAGAGGAUAUUCACGAAAGCUAUCAUAUGCUGCAAUUUAUUCCAUGUCAAUCCAUUAAAAUUUAUCCCGAACGCUAUUCCGGUGCCUUUUUCCGCAAUUGACAAACACUUGGCUACAGGCGAUUAUAUACUUUUUGCACCAGUCCCAUUUUUCUACAUCUCUUUACUACAUCAAUCUAUUUCUGGCACCGCAUGGAAACAACAACAAUGGCAACACUUAUAAACAUCAAAAAUCAUUCUACAGCAUGAGCUUGGGUAGUACAGUCUACCUUUGUAGUGUUGACAUCAUCAAAAGUUCUACCCAGCUAAUCAUUUACCUUUGUUCCAUUCUAUAAGUGAAGAGAAAAUAAUAGCGAAUUCGUUUUUAAAACUGAGUCAGUGCCUAACAGAUUCUGUAAUAAAAAAAACGUUUUCAGUUUCACGAAUGCGGUGGUUUGUUGCAAGACGGGUCUAUGGUACUAGGUGAGGCCGUUUCGUCACAAAGUUGGUUAGGGGAGCGGUAUAUGAAAACAGUACGGAAGAAAGCAGAAGGGGAUUUUUUUCCUUGAAGUGUGAAAGAGACAGACUGAUCACGAGCGAGCUUGAGCACAAGCGUAUUGUGUUUUGUUUACAAACAAAACACAGUAGGCUUCCAAGAUGGCUGAAGAGUGGUUUUAGCAAGUUGGCCCACCUUAGGAUAUACUUCUACGUGCCUUGGUUUGUUGGUGUGCGUUAUACAGUCUUAUUUGUUUAUAUUUGCGACGACAAAUGUACAGUGUCGACGUCUGGUGGCGAUAUUAGUGCUUGGGAGGUAAAUUAUUCUCUAUCAGAUCAGAAGGGCCAAGUGCAGUGUAAACAUAUAAAAGUUUGAAUGAAAAUUUUUACUUCAUAUUGUUUGAUUAUUUAACACAUGUAGUUCUGACACUCACUUAACCAUUUGUCGAUGCAUUUCCUGUUUGUUCAAAUUACUAUUAUAAUAUAAAAUCAUCGUUAGACACAGUUUUCGUUCAAUAUGUUUCGGCGAUAUCGAAAAAAAACUCUUAUUUCAUCACAUAAUAUAAAUAUUUGGUACGUUAAAGUAAAUUUUCAUUCAUAAUUUUGAUUUUGAAAGCAGGUUUAUUCCACCUGAAUAUCAAUCAUUAUUUUCGCCUCUCAAUGAAAGCACACGUAGCUUAAUGCCGUCUACUCGAAUAUACUCUUCAAAAUCAGAAUCCAAAUUGGAUUACGAUUCCAAUAAUAAAAAAGCAAAAGCAGCAGGUUUUCCAUUUUCAUAAUCUUUAUUUUUAGAUUUUCCCAAACAAUACUCGGAACUUGACGGUUCAGUAUAGUUGUAUUGGUGAACCCAAGUGUCAACCCGUGAAACAUCUCAGUGCGAAACUAACAGCUUUCGGGGCGAACUAGUACGACACUGAGUGCGAAGCUGAGUGAAUAAAAAAACGUUUUGACAGCAGUUAGUGCGGCACUGGGGUUGAAACUGAACAAAAACGAAUUCGCUAUAACUGUACAACAACUUAGAUCGAAUCAAAAAUAAAACGUGUCCUAAAAUCACAAACCGGUCGAAAGCUCGCGUGGUUAGUCGGGGAGAGAAAAAUGAGUAAAAAAAAUCUCACCAUGAGAGAAAAUCGAUGCGUGGAAAAGUAUUCUUUGAUGAGGAAGUUGAUCUCGCUUCGGAUGUCGGAACGCGGUAGUAUCACAGACCAUUUAUCGGAGAUAACCCUCCUACACAAUCGUCUCACUGGGAUAAGAGAAACGAUGACAGAUCACUGGUUAGUGUCGAUCAUUCGCUCAAGCCUCCCGGAAUCGUACAGUUCACUUAUCAUGUCGCUCGAGUCUCGUCCGGAAGAAGAUCUUUCGUUGGAUUUCGUGAGAGCACGACUCUUGGAUGAGUGGAGAAGACGCAGUGAUGGUGAAAUACACAGUGGAAGUAGUGGGGAUCAUCCACAACUUGCCCUGCAGACUGGCAUAAAAUCGAAACAAAAGUGUCAUUACUGUGACAAGAAGGGAUAUUCCAAACGGGAUUGCCGCAAGUGGAAAUAGGAUCAACAGCGAAAGAGCGAUGGUCGUGACGGCCGUGAUACCGGUCGUAAUUUUGACGACGUGAAGCAACAAGUAAAUAAAGUGCAAGAAGAAAGCAACGUGUGUUUUAGCGUUCAUUCAAGGGAAGAAGAACGUUGGUAUUUAGACUCGGGGUGUGUUACGGCCCAGACAGGCAGACAAAUUAAAAACAACACACAUUUUCUUUCAUUCAUAAACACUUCAUUCAACACAUAAACAAAACCUAUAAAAUACUUAACACUAAACACACUAGAAACACUCAUCCUGAGUCCUGGAAAACGAGAAUAAUUAGCGCAGAUAUAUAGUAGUAUAUUUAUUGUCACUCACCUUUUAUCGUCGUCCACGGAUGUCCAGAACAAUCACCUGAAAGGAUAAUUAUUGAUUGACAUAAUUGUACAACACAGAGUACUUACCACUAGCGGCGAACGACAGCACAAAACAAACAAUCACAACAUACAAAACAAUAACAAACAAAUUGUUAAGAGAUUGGAACGGAUGGAAACGAAUCCGCUAUACAAAGUGUAAUUGUUUAUGGCGAAUAUUCUAGACGCAACCCAUACAACAACUGCGCUAUUCAAAUGACUAUGCCAAUGGUAUAAAUAGGGCAAGAAAUGUACAGAACAGGGUCAGUCACAAUAAACUCAUCGAUCAGUAUAGGUGAACCUUCUUGUCUAUAUUCGAUCUCAUCUCUACUCAUCAACUUUUCGGAUCUCUGCUCAGAUGCCUCUCUGGGCGGAUACAUUAUUGGCGCUGUAGACAGGAUCUCUACUCUUCAUCACUACAGGACUCAGCUCAGAUACCUCUCUGGGCGGAGACAUUUUUGGCGCUGUAGACAGGAUUACUUCGUGAUCCUGACGAACGAACCGCAGUCGAAACAUGGAUCGACUCCGCAUCAGACUAUUCGCUGCGGUCAGACGUUUGCAGAACAUCGCUACAAGAGUCAACACACCGGAUCACGAUUCAACCAGCUGCGAUUACCUCAACGCUGAACGAGAAAGUCUGGUUGAAGCAUGGGGAGACUACUUCAUCAUCUUCGAUGAGCUUCUUGAGCAACGUGGCGGCGAUAUCUUCUCCUUCGAGUUAGUGAAAAAUAAGCGUGAAAUGGAGAGACUGUACAAGUCUACGGAGGCUGCGAUCGACGAGCGACAUCGCAUUGCCUAUCCCAGCGACAGUACAAUCUUUUCUUCAUCACCGGCGGGUGACUCAACAUAAGCAGAUCUAACUCCGCGAAUCAUAUCAUCAACUAAAUCGUGUCAAAUUUUGAAUCAUCAAAGUAACUCGCAAUCCGCUUUAUCUAUUCAAAGCGCAUCGGUAGAGGCAGCGACGGACGAGCGAAAUCGCUUAGCCUCCCAUCGAGACGACGCACAAUCGACUACAGAUCCUUACGGCGACUCUGAUCAGGUGACAGUUACGACAACCUCAACAACGACCACUCAAUGGUAUGCAGGCCGACUCACAUUGUAUAGUAAAGUUUCUGAUCCUGCAUACAUUGUGGUUGCCGAGCAAUACAAGCUAUCAUCCACCAAUCCAAUCAAGUCAACGGCUGCAGCGAUGGACCAGCGAAGUCGCUCAUCCUACCAACACGACAGCAAUUUUCACCCUACGAAAUCUCCAAUGCAUACAAAGGCAGCGAUGGACAAGCUAUAUCGCUUAGCUCUUCAUCUAGACCACGUAUCGUACACAUCAGCUUACUCACAGCAGGACAUCAAGCCUUCGGCAUUCUGCCUAGCUGCCGCAAAAGAGAGGCCAACAUCGUCUACGACGUUGGCGUUCGAUCCAGGCGGACAGAACACAUCGCAAUGGGAAGCAACGGAACAAAAUUUAACGCUCUACAAAUCAACGCAAACCAAUUGCAUCGCAUCGAACGCCACUCAAAUUGACGAUACGAGCACACAUGAAGGCCAUGUAAGUCUACGCAGCACACGAAACCUCGAAUCAAUUUGCAACGCCUCGAAUCAACUCAAGCUCAUCAGUUCUUCACGGUGGGCGGACGAAACAAGCACACUUUUGCAUGGUGGGCGGCCAACAACGAACAUCGAAGAUACCAAAAUACUUCAUUAGCGAACAUCGGACGAACAUCAAAGCGAACAUUUAACCGGUUACGAGAACUCAUCAACCUAAGACCGAAACAACAAUCAAAACCGAGAAAAUUGAUCCCCAAUUUUGGUGGGCGGAAUGUUACGGUCCAGACAGGCAGACAAAUUAAAAACAACACACAUUUUCUUUCAUUCAUAAAAACUUUAUUCAACACAUAAACAAAAACUAUAAAAUAAUUAACACUAAACACACUAGAAACACUCAUCCUGAGUUCACACCUGGAUAACGAGAAUAAUUAGCGCAGAUAUAUAGUAGUAUAUUUAGUGUCACUUACCUUUUAUCGUCGUCCACGGAUGUUCAGAACCUGAAAGGAUAAUUAUUGAUUGACAUAAUUGUACAACACAGAGUACUUACCACCUAAGUGGUGCGGACUCAAUUCACUUCAUUUUCAAGCAAAUUCAUGCAUUUUUUCAAGUGAUUUCUUGCAAUAAAUUCUCAUACUACCAGAGAUGCCAGAUUUACAGAUAUGUUUGUAAAUUUACAGACAUAUCUGUAAAAUACUUUUAAUUUUUGUUGCAGACCUUUUGGAUAUAACAAUAUUUCACAGGUUCAUUAAAAAUAAGAGGCUCUAUUCAUCACAUCAAAUAUAUUUGACUCACCGUAUGACAUUUUUCCAUAGUUUUAAUACAUAAAAAGUUUUCAUAUUUAGUUUAUAUCAAUACACAUGACGUUAGACCUAUUUUUUGAGUCAUUCAUUAACACUGUCGUCCGGCGUAACCACAGUGGUUACGUUCGCAAAAUAGGUCCCACCACAGUGAUGUCGUGAGCAUAGUAUCGCUCAGUGGCCGACGAUGCGAUUCUUCACGAUGAAUGAAAAAUUGCAUUCAUUUACUAUACAUUUACUAUACUACACUUCGAAAUUUUAUGACAGUGAGGGAACAGAGUCGAAAACCUAUGAGAACUAUCGAUGAGAUUGGUAAAACUUAAAAGGUUGUAAUUUCUCGAUAAUGUCAAAAACGGCCGGCGACAAAAACUAAACCGAAUUAGCGCCAAGCGAAUCAUUUUUUAGCAAACGUCUGGACGGCAAAGUGUGCGUCGCUAAUUUCAUUAAAAAUGGCUCUCCUAGAGGGGUCUCUUUUGAGCAAACGACAAUGAGUUGAUUCUCAAAGCCCUAACAGAACAUCUUUGAGCAAUAUUGAGAUUGACUACAUCCAAGCGAUAACGGAGAUCGUUUCAUCCCAGUUCAUGAGCAUCCCUUCAACCUCGCACUGUUAGUCUAUAUCUAUCUAUAUAAAUAAAAAUGGAAAGCCAAAUCUGUUCGUAAGCGAAAAACCCGAAGAAGGGAUGGCCCGAUUCUAGCCUUCUUUAUUUUGUUGUAUUUGUCUCUUCCCGUAGAUCAAUAUAGUGGAGAGCAAAAUCGGACAAUUUUCGGAAAACUCUGAAGGAAUGUCGCAAAAUUUGGAAAAUUGAAUUCCCAUAUGACCUAAAAUUACAUCAUGAUGAGCGUUGUUAGGCCAUUCGAUAUUUGUGCUAACGAAGUUGAACUUUGUUCGAAAGUGGAAAUGGAUUUUCAGGCAAAAAAAACGCUUUCCUAUAUCUUCUAUCCAUCUAUCUAUAUAAAUGAAAAUGGUGGAAAAGUUCAAUAUUUUGUAAUAAAAAGCAAGCUCAUUGGCUUCAUUUAGAUAUGUCGAUAAUCUAAACUGGCUCAGUGGUUCUGAAGUUCUGAAUUUUUGAAAAAACUCAGUUUUGGGAAAAAGUGGGGAAAAAUAUUUUUCGGACCACCCUAAAAUGGAAAUGGUCAUCCCAAAAAAUAUAAAAAAACACGGGUCUAAUGUUUUGCGAUAAAGAACAAAACUACCACUUUUCAUCGAAAUCUGAGAACCACUAUAUCGGUUUGGCAUGGUAUGGCUGUAUAUAUGCAAUAUAAUACAAAAUGCAAUAUACAAAAUAUACAAUAAUAUACAAAAGACAAUUUUACGUGCAUCGCGAUGUACAAAAUAUCAAUGAAUCUAUGGAAAUUAACGUUAAAAGACAUUUCUACAGAUUCGCACACUUUUACAGACAUUUCCACAUUUUUAACAGACUCACAUAUUUUUACAGAUUUUUUUUAAAAUCAUCUGGCAACUCUUCGUUCCACUUUUUAUCGAAUGUUUUCAAAAUGCAGGAGUAAACAUUUACGUGACUGUGACUUCGUAUUUAUGUGACUGUGAUUUUUUCGUUCGGAGAAAUAUUAUAUCAGGGAAAGUGCACAUUAAAAAUUAAAACAAAAUGCUCAGUGAAAAGCUGCCCGAAUACGAGUGAAAAUGAUCGCGUUAGCUUUUAUCGUAUACUCUCGGAAACGUAUUUACAGACGUGCUGGGUCGAUUUUUGCGGAAACGACAAACUAGUUCCGAAUAAGGGUUCCCGUAUCUGUGGAGUAAGUACGAUGUUUCAAUUAUUGAAAGCUACAAUUGCUACACCAAAAGUGUAGCAAACCUUUCAAACACAUUUACAGGUUACAAAUACAUCGUUACAUUUCGACCGGAAAAGAAACCUCGUGAGAAACCGUAAUGCCUUCUCCACAAUUAAGCCGGUAGUUGACUCAGAAGAUUACGUCCAUCAACACGAAGCGCAGAUUGCUUUAACGUUAUAUUCAACACCAGGACUAGCGGAUCAGAAUUAAGCGGAUUUCAUUCGGUUAGCUUCACUAGCAAAGCUGUUUUCACCGACGUUAGAAAAAAACGCUUCCAAAACAUUUCAUUUUGCUUUGUAUGUGCGUAUCGAAAUUCACCAAUGUCGAAUUUUGCUCCCACAUUAAAAUCUUGGAGUGAACUAAGCGUUAUUCGUAGGUUGUUUAUACUCUGUCAGGUUCUGAUACCUUGCAAUAUAAGAUGCUCUUUCAGAGAUGCAAUGGUCAAUCAAAAAUUGACGGAAAAAGGUAGUUCGUUCAUUUUAUAAGUUUAUUUAUUUUUGCCUUUGAUAACAAUACCUUUUUCAUAGUGUUGAUUAUCAUAAGAAAAAUAACACUCCUGAUCAUUGGAUCUUUUUUGACAUUUCAAUCGGAUCUUUUUUGACAGCCGUUUUGAUUCAGUCCGCACUACCUAGCUUACCACUAGCGGUGAACGACAACACAAAACAAACAAUCACAACAUACAAAACAAUAACAAACAAAUUGUCAAAAAAUUGGAACGGAUGGAAACGAACCUGCUAUACAAAGUGUAAUUGUUUAUGGCGAAUAUUCUAGACGCAACCCAUACAACUGCGCUAUUCAAAUGACUAUGGGUCCAAUGGUAUAAAUAGGGCAAGAAAUGUUCAGAACAGGGUCAGUCGCAAUAAACUAAUCGAUCACUAUAGGUCAACCUUCUUGUCUAUAUUCGAUCUCAUUUCUACUCAUCAACUCUGCGGAACUCUGCUCAGAUAUCUCUCUGGGCGGAGACAUUAUUGGCGCUGUAGACAGGAUCUCUACUCUUCAUCACUACGGGACUCAGCUCAGAUUAGAGACGGGCAAAACGGUUCACUUUAAUGAACCGUUUAGUGACCAACCGUUCACUUAAGUGAACUAGUAUUUUGAUCAGUUCACUCACUCUUUCGUGCAUUAGAGGGAUAUGCCAAAGCAUGUAUAAAAAAGUGUGAGAUGUUAUGUAGGACUGUUCUUUUCAUUCAUAAAAUGCUGUUUGUCAGCAAUAAUUAUAUGUCCGAAUUUUGUUAAAAAUAUCUUAGCAGAAUAGAAAAUCAAACUAUGAUUUUGAAAUUUAGAUUUAGUUUGAGCAGUGAUCAAUUAUUUUCAGCACAAACUAGCGUUGCGCUGCUUUUCUUUAAUGUUUUGCAAUAACUGCUAUAGCAAAACUGUACCAAAACGCGGAAGACUUUCUCGAAAUUAUCGAGCACAAUAUGAUAUGAUAUAAAAACAUUUCAUAUCAGCGACACAAAUUUUUAUUUACUGUUGAAAACUACUGUUUGAAUCGUUUCGUUUUCAACUGUAUUUUUUUUGUGAGCUAGAUUUGAUAUAUUUACCAUUAACUUAAAAAUAUGAAAUUAAAACUUCAUUUGAUAAAUAAUCGAACAAUAUAAUUUAAGAACCAUCGUAUCCUGAAAUAUUGCGUUUUAUUAUGAAAACGAUAACACCGACAUCUUAUUUUUGUUAUUUCAUGGUAUCGUUUGUUUCCAUUCGUUAAUUUGAGGACUAUUUACCUUGCAGCAGCAUUUGUCUAUCACUCGUUCGCUCGCCUUCCUCUUAUACAACGAUCACCAUACACAGUUCAGCCAGCGGUCAGUUCGUUCUGAACUGUAUACACAGUUCCGCCAGCGGUCAUCGAAAACAGUUCGUUCUGAACUGCAUACACAGUUCAUCGUUCACCGUAUAGUUCGUUCUGAACUGAACUGUAUACACAGUUCAGCCAGCGGUCUUCGUACACAGUUCGUAAUGAACUGGGUAAGCAGUUCAUGAGAACUGUUGCUCAGUAAAAUAGAACGACCGUUCGUUCACUCUUUUUGGUGAACUAGUUCUUUUGAACAGUUCAUGAACGGUUUGCCCAUCUCUAGCUCAGAUACCUCUCUGGGCGGAGACAUUUUUGGCGCUAUAGACAGGAUACUCUACUCAUAUACACUCUAAACUACAAUCAACUCAUCGGAACUCCACUCAGAUAUCCCUCUGGGCGGAGACAGGGUGUACUUCUCAUAUGACAGGCGACGUUUCGAAGUUGAUGUCAGUGGAUGCUUCAAAAGACCAAACAAUUUGUUUGGCCGAUGGCAACAAGGUGUUAUCAAAAGGUAUUGGAUGCUUGCGAUGGCAGUAGAAGUAAGUAAGCAAAAUCACCGAUGAAGGAUUUGAAGUUAAGUUAGAGGAAAAUGAGUGUGUAAUAAUGACAAAUAAAAGUGUUAUAGUAGCUGGUAUACGAGCCGGAAAUCUGUAUCACCUGAAGCAUAUAAAAAUAGAAAUCGUUGCUGAUGCAGCAAAUCAUCUGAUGGGAUGCAAGCACAUUUGGCAUCGCCGAUUGGGUCAUCGUCAUCCUGAAGAUAUUAUAAAGAAUAAAAAUGAGAAAUCGUUGCUGAUGCAAGCAAAUCAUCUGGUGGGAUGCAAGCACAUUUGGCAUCGCCGUUUGGGUCAUCGUAAUCCGGAAGAUAUUAUAAAGAUUGUGCGAGAUGGUCUAGCAACAGGAUUGAAACUGACGGACUGUGGAAUCCGAUCAGUGUGCGGAACGUGUUGUGAAUGUAAGCUUUCUAGAUUACCUUUUCCUAAAUCAGAUUCAAAAUCGAAUACGGUUCUUGAUUUGAACCAUUCUGACUUGUGUGGACAGAUGAAGUCGCUACUCAGAGUGGAAACCGCUAUGUUUAGACAUUGAUCGACGACUUAUGAUCGUGGUAACUCGGAUAGUAAGCAACUUCCGGACAACUGGAACUGCAGAUGUUUGGUGGGAGCCAUAUUAUAUAUUUCUGUGAAUUCGCGACCUGAUAUAGCUGUAGCAACUCCGAUUAUUGCUCGAAAAGUUUCCCAACCGUCGGAGGCUGAUUGGACAUGUCGCAAGAUAUUUGCGCGGAACCAUAGAUUGGAAACUGCAAUUCAGAGGAUCUGCACCAAAGCUAGUAGGUUAUUCAGAGGCAAACUGGUCUGGAGACCACAAAACGCGUAAGUCAACAUCUGGAUUCGUAUUUACCGUGGGUGGCACUGCGGUAGCCUGGAGAAGUAAACAGCAGAAUAUCGUAGCACUCUCAUCUAUGGAAUCAAAAUACAUCACGCUCAGUGAAGCAACAUAAGGAGUUCUGUGGUUACGAAGAUUACUCACUGACUUAGGAUUCGAACAGACGGAGCCAACAGUGUUGUUCGAAGAUAACCGAUCUGUCGUAUUCCUCGUUUGCCAAUAUUUUUUCCUUGCUUCACAUGUCACUGCACCGAAGAUAGAAUACUGAAUGAAUUGAAUAGCGGAUCGGUAAAUGAUCUAAGCACAUCGAGAUGAAGGUAAUAUUCAUUCUGGCCUAAGAAGGUCACUGACAAAACACUUUUAAAAACUGUAGCACUACACCUUUUUUUAUUUUCACUCGUAUUACAUUCAACCUUUUUUUGAAUCGCCUUGACUGAGUUUACCUGAGCCGGCAACCUAUGAAGGUCACCAAGAAACUCCUUUGAUAUUCUUCGAAUAGACAUAUAUUUUCCAACCUGAGAAGGUAAGAGAGGAAAUUUCUGGCUUAGGUGUUUAUCCAUUUCUUUCUUCGCAUAAUAACCAUGGAUAACAGCUAUUACAAUCAUCCCCCUUAGGGGCUUUGGACACUCUGCUUUGGUUUUUGAUAGCUUCAGGUUCUUCCUCUGAUUUUCUUUUACAGAGAUCCCUCAUUCGCGGACGGAUUUACAAAUAUCAAAUAUCAUUCUUCUUCUUCUUCAAUGGCACUAACGUUCCUGGAGGAACUUCGCCGUCUCAACGUAGUAUUACUUGCGUCAUUUUUAUUAGUACUUAGUUGAGAUUUCUAUGCCAAAUAACACGCCUUGAAUGCAUUCUGAGUGGCAAGCUCUAGAAUACGCGUGAUCACAGUGCAAGUCGGAGGAAAUUUCUUUGACGAAAAAUUCCCCCGACCUGAACGGGAAUCGAACCAGAACACCCGGCAUGUUAGUUAUGACGCUAACCACUCGGCCAAGGGAGCACAAUAUCAAAUAUCAUGCUACAUGUUAUUUAGUAUUGUCUAGACAUCGUUCGUACAACGCAACUCAUCCAGCACCAAACGAAUGUUCAACAUAGCAUGCACACAGAGCCAUACUUUGGUGGCUUGUAACGACUACAUAUAUGAACACUUCUCACCAUUUUGUUCUAUUCUUAAAAGAAACGCUAUCUGUUAAUAUUACUGACCUUGAACAGAGUUGUUCAAGUCAGUCAAGUCAGAGAGCUCAACUUUCUGUCAUCCUGUCAUUCUUAGCGUAAGAACACACUGGACGGCUUCCCCGCGCGGAUUUUGCAAUGACAGACCGCCGCGGGGCCUCGAUAAUGGAAUGUGAAUGAGAUAAAACACACAAGGCGGAGCGGGUACGGCCGGUUCUAAAGUCACUGUUGUAAGGUUCCUCAUUCUCUGCGGUGGCUCGAUGGAGAUGAUGCGCCGCAACGGUUUUGUGAUAGUAUUAGUGUUUAUGCGGUGCACAUGAAGCAAGGUAAUAGUUAAUGUACUAUCGGUGAGCCAAUACGUGAAAAUCACUCUGCGGUCAUGUAGCUGCGGAUUCUCGAAUACUACCCAAAUUAUCGAGAAAUGCAAUAUUUCAGACGUGUGCGAUCAACUUCUUUCUCCCUCUCGCUCAGGUAAACAUCCCUCUUCCGUUUUCCACCAUUCUGUCUUUAUAUACCUCCCCUCUAAUCCGCUUACUGUCCAAACAGUUGUACCUUGUACCAUAGACUCGUCUUGCAUCCGUCUAUAAAAAUAUGAUAAUGGCCGCUAGUGAAGCCGUCGAAAGCCGCUGAAUGUGUUUUUCAUCGAGCUCCUGCUGCGACUUGUCAUUGCGAGAAUCGCGCGGGAUAGCCGUUUAGUGUGUUUCCACGCUUAAGCUUGUUUUUCAAUCUUUCACAAUGAAGACAAAUUCAUGCGAAUGUUCGCGAACUUUUUUCGCCAACCAAUCAGAACGAAGCUCGGGAUCACUUGCGAAAGAGCGAAAAAAGAUAGAAGUUCCCAAGCUUUUGCUGCGAAAAAUUACGAAUUCAUGGUACACUGACAGUUGCCUCUGCCCACAUCAGAAAGUUGGAACAAGUCAAUCAAGAUGGGUGCAACAAGAUAUGAAAAAAUUUACUCAGCUUCACAUCGAUGGAACGAUCUAAGCAAUAUUCAAGCUUGCGGCAGAAUAGUAAAUAAUUUUGCGAAUUUAUAUUUAUACUUUACUGAAUUUUCUAACAUUGAAUUGUAUGAAGUUCAAGAUAUACUUGAACUCACAUUCACGAGUAAUAUGAAUUUGAUUCACCAAUCUCGUACAACUUGUUUUCGUUCUGAUUGGUUGGCGGAAAAAGUUCGCAAAUAUUCGCAUGAAUUUGUCUUCAUUGUGAAGAAUUGAAAAACAAGCUUAAGCGAAAUCAAAUCACAUGAAAAAUUUCAGAACAAAAUUUAUAUUCUUGGUGACUGAAUAAAUACACACUUCUGACCAUUUUGCGCUCUUAAAAUAAAUUCUUUCUGUUAAUAAAAAAGCAAAUGAAGCAAUGCAACCUCGAAAAUAGGAGACAACAGAGGAACAAAGUUGACUGUGGUAUGAGUAUCAAGUAUUAGUUUGUAAUGGGCUGUUCCCAUGACCCGUGAAGUAUUGACUAGUUCUAAACAGAGAAGACGAUUCUACGUUCGUGAAGGAAGAAUGGCUACACCCAAAGUUAAUGUUUAGCAUAUUUUCUGGCAUCCUGAUUUAUUACAUGAAAUGAGCUGAAAGAUAACAUAAAAUGUUCUACUCCCCAAUACAUGUAUAUCAUUUGUAUGAUAUAUAUGCUAGAGCCAAUAUGAGGGAGCGAAACAGGAGACACAUUUAAAUGAAAGCUUUUCGUAUAGUUUGCCAAAUACACGGCCCAGACAGAAAAAGAUAUAUUCUCGUUCAUGUUCUUCUAUAUCGGCUUAGAAAACACCUUCCAGCUUCAUUUUAUGAUGAGGUGUAAUAUUAUCACGCUCCUUUAUAAUAGCACUGGCAGCUAUAUGGAUAGCGUGGUCGUGUAAAGUAACUUCGCAUUCCAGCCGGCCUUGGCAUUUGACUCUCAUGACCAGGAAAUGUCAUCUUUUCUGCCAAAGAUGGCAUGUUUUCUGCCAACGCUAGUUUGGGUGUAGAUACCACCAUGAAGUCCUUCAAUGAGAGUGUUUGUAUCGGAGAAUGCGAGGAGCCUGGGUUGGCCCACACUUUAUUUUAUGUUUUGACGUAGGACUACGUCUUUCAUUUCCAUACCGGGGUGUAAAAUCAAAGUUUCGAAAACGAAAGCGUUACGCCGGAGACCGAGAUUUUGAGCGUUAAUAGCUCCUAAACAACUGAUCGAAAUUACACUUCAUUCGAAAGAUAAAAUGUCUACGCGUUAUAUUCUUGUUACUUUUUCAUCCAAAAACUUGUCUCAAUAGCCUUAAAAUUGCUUUCAAAACAGGCUAUUGAAAUCACCAAUCGAUAUAUACGCGAGCGCCGCUCGGAAAUCAACUCAGUUAUAAUUGAACAGCGAUUGGAGCAUGUUGUCGCUGUUGUGGUGAAGCUAACUUCGUUCAUCAUGAGAGCGCUGAUGAACGGUGUCACCAAGAGCCUGUUUGUGCACCUUAGGCCAGAAGAGAAUCCAUCAGGAGGAGAGUGCUACAUGCUACAUGCUACAAACGGUUCCGCUUGAGACAUCGGAGCAGCCGCCACAAACACACGUACACGCGCGGAACUCUUUUCGUUCGGAUGCCAACCAGCAUCGAAAAGAUUCCGGAAGGAUUCUGGUUGCUGAAAAAUAAUCUGCCAGUUCCUGGGAAUUGAAAAAUACAUUCAUGCGAACGAUUUUAUUUUAAUGUUUUCUAACCAUAUAACACUGCGACCAAAUACAUUUGGUUUUGUGAUUUUUCAAUCAAGUGCAAUUAACAGGUGGUUAUCAAGUUAGCAUUGUGGUGGACUUCGAGAAGAAUCGAGAAGAAUCCGGAAAGAUGUCAUCGUUACUGCAAAAUAAUCUGCCAGUCCCCCUUGGACAUGAAAAUUACAUUCGAGCGAAAGAGUUUAUUCUAAUGUUUUCUACCCAUAUAAUACUGCGACCAAAUACAAUUGGUUUUUUGAUUUUUCAAUCAAGUGCAAUUAGCAGGAAAGCUUCUGAAGAUUAUUCUUCCCCAUCAGUAGGAUAUUUUCGUAUCCAAUAUUGGAUGCAUAAGAACUUGUACAUCCAACGUAACGCUCUCGUUUUCGAAGUCCCCCAAAUAUUAAUUUAUUCAUUCUUUUAGAAUGAAUUCAGAUUCAACUUCAAACAAAUGAUCACUAAAUCAAUGAUAAUCCUACGUCACCAUUGCGGUUAUACCAUAGAUAUAACCCAUUUCCUGUUUUUACUAUUUUUAUCGUGCAACGUACAACGCCAUCAGUCGAUACGUUCAAUGUUACAUUUCUCGCUCAAUGGCCUAUUUAAACCAAAAUCACGGAGCAAAAGCUACGAUUGGGUUUUCAAAGUUUAUUAUUGACUGUUUGUGGUGAAGGUAGUGAUAAAAAUCGAUUCUUUUAAAGCAAUUCGCAGGAUAAUGUCCCAGCCUUCAGGAUCGUUUUUCUCCACAGUUUACGUUAAUGUUACACUGGACCAUUUCAAAAGUUACGCGAGGUUCAGACGUUCCGUUGGAAGAAAUUUAAAAAAAAAAUGACACCCCUGAUUUGUUUAUUUAUUUUAGCUGAACUGUCAAUUGAACAAAACUCAAGAGAUUCGUAUUACACACAAAUUGAUGUUUUGAUUGCUCCUGAAAGUUUGAGAAAUUUUUAGCAUUUACAUAUUGAAAUUGGACAGUGUUAUGCUUUUGUGUUGAUUUGGUUAAAGGAGUGAGAUGGCGUUUGUUAGUAACAACAACCUGUAAGUUUAUUGAGGGACAAAUGUAGUUUUUGUUCCGAUGAAUGCAAUAAGAAAUUCCAAUACGCGCUGAUACCCCCUCGCCAAGAGCCGAAACUAAAAACUGUGCUGCAGAAACUUAGCAGUUCCGCUUCCGAGUUAAGUAGUUAUCCUACAUGCGACAAAUGCCACCAAGAAUUAAUGACCGUCUACAAGAUUCCUGAAAGUUGCUUCCAGAUUGUGCCCAAUGCCAAACCUACACAUCACAUCAAGAUGGAACCGGAGUUAAUGAUUGAUGACCACGAACUGUCGAAAACUGGCAAAAUUUUUGAAGGAGAUUCAACAGUGGACUUUGGCUCGAUUGAACCGGAAGACCAAAUGGGUAUCGAGGGACAAAAUGGAGAAGUAUUCUUCAUCAGUGAAAUAGACGAAGACGCAAGAACAAAUACACAAAAAACAGGGGAAUUGGAACAGAAUGAAUUUCACCCAUCUUCAGAACGUCAUAAAUGUAAGAAGCGAUUGGCGGACGAAAAUUUGAUUAAAGAUCCCAUACGGUUACGCAUGGAAGGAAAACGGUUCAAAUGUGAAAAGUGUGAAAAAACAUUUAGCACUAAUUACAGGCUAAAAGAGCACGUACGAACUCAUACGGGCGAACGUCCUUAUUCUUGCCCAGAUUGUUCAACAUCCUUCGCAAACGCUUCAGCAUUUCGACGUCACAUUCGAAUUCAUACAGGUGAAAGUCCCUUUUCCUGUCAACAAUGUCCGAAGACGUUCAAACGAUCUACGACGCUCAAAAAGCAUAUUCUAACUCAUCAGGAUUCGGGAGAUAUUUCAGAUAACCGAGAUAAACCGUUCAAAUGUGAAAAGUGUGGAAAGCCAUUUGGAACGAAAUACAAGCUUAAACUACACGAUUUUACUCACACGGGUGAACGUCCCUAUUCUUGUCCACAUUGUCUGAAAGCGUAUAAGCAUCCUUCAGCACUCCGAGAGCACAUUCGAACCCAUACGGGUGAACGUCCAUUUUCCUGUCAACAUUGUUCGAGAGCGUUCAGGAAUCAUCAGACACUCCGAGACCACAUUCGAACUCAUACGGAUGAACGUCCCUUUUCUUGUCCUCAAUGUCCGAAGACGUUUAUUCAAGCUCCUACGCUCAGACAGCAUGUGCGAACUCAUAUGGAUGAACGUCCGUUUUCCUGUCCGCACUGUCCGAAAGCGUAUAACGAUCGUACGACGCUCAUAGUGCACAUUCGAACUCAUACGGGAGAACGUCCCUAUUCCUGUCCACAUUGUUCCAAAACGUUUACGAACCUUGCUGCGCUGCAGGUGCACAUUCGAAGCCACACCAAAGAGAAGCCUUACGUUUGCGAGCAUUGUAAGCGAGCUUAUGCCCAGUCUCACAAUCUUACCAGACACCUUCGUCGUCACCACAGCAGUAUACCGAACCAUUCGAGCCGUAAACACGAUCAGUUCGAUACGGAUACAGGCGGCUCGGAACAGGAAUCACAGGUGACCGUGAAGGAAGAGAUAACUGGUUGUUGAAUUGAAUUUAUUUGGCACUAAAUCCUGUUAGCAAAUAAUAAUUGUGUUAGCUAAUAAAACGAAUAUUUUCAAGAA